AUGGCAAAAGGUCUUCGUAAUAAAUCAAAACGUCAUUUUCGUGCCAUUAAACGUCAAACUAUUUUCGCACCUGUUGAAGACGCACGAAUAAAGCGAUUAGCAGCAAGACAGGCCGCAGCAGCCGGCAAUAUGCAUGCCGAAGAAGAACAACAAAUUCCUCAAACCUCAGCAUUAGACGGAACUUCAGACCCUUUAACAACAGUGGUGGCUGCUGAUGCCUUGAUCAAUAACAACCGCAGCUUCAACAACGAACCUACUUCAACUUCGUCUCCGAUAAUUGAGGUCGAAAUGGCCGAUUCGAAAAAAACAACGUCGUCCUCGAAGAAAAGCAAAAAAUUAACAGGUUCGUUAUUAUACUCUGUUCUGGGUCUAUUAGACCCAGAUGAGAUAUCCGUGACGAACACUGCUAGUAGUUCUUUGGAACUUCUUUGUGCAUUAAUUGAUGUUGAAGAAUUUCUCCUCUACGAAAAGUGA